AUGGUGACAGCCAACAUGUUUCUGAGUCUCUUUUUUAUUUCAGGUGCUUUGGCUGGUUGUCUUAAUCUACCACCAGCCCUCAUCAUUACUGCACCACAGAACAUGGAAGCACUGAGUGGAUCUUGUUUGCAAACCCCAUGUAACUUUAGUGUUAAACAAGGAGAUUUUACUGGCAUGAGUAUCUUUGGAGUGUGGAUUAAUCAAAACAGCAAUUUAUUUCCAACUUAUGACAUAACUACUGACAAAAAUGAUCCAAUGAAUAUUAUUGGAGAACUGAGUAAGAAAAACUGCACCACUCUGAUUUCCAAUUUACUCACAAAUCUUACAAACACAUACUUCUUAAGAAUUCAGAACUUUGCGUGUAAUGAUCCUCUUCAAAUAAAUGUUACAGAUUCUCCUCCGAGCCCCAGAAUUGAGAUCCCAGCUGAUCUGAAGGAGAAGCAGUCUGUCACUAUAACCUGCUCAGCUUCCACUCCCUGUCCACACUCCCCUCCUAAACUCACCUGGAACCUCCAACAAGACUCUCACAGCAACACAGAGGAAAACACAGAUCGAACCUUUACAACUAAAAUCCAGGAGACCAUCACUCUGUCAGACCAACAUGAUGGAUACAACAUCACCUGUUCUGCCAGAUAUCCUGUGAAUGAAGGAAAAGAUGUCAAGACAGCAGAGGAGAGAAAGACUCUCAGUGUUUCAUAUGCUCCUAAAAACACCUCAGUGUCCAUCAGUCCAUCAGGUUUGGUGUCAGCAGGUAGCUGGGUGACCCUGACCUGCUCCAGCAGAGCCAAGCCUCCCGUCAGCCGCUUCACCUGGUUCAAGAACAGCACAGAUGGACCCAAGAAUGUAUCUGAAGGAGAGGUUUACAGCUUCAAGGUGAUCAAUGUCACUGAUGGAGGAGUUUAUUACUGUGUGGCCACAAACACUCUCGGUAAUGAGAAAUCAUCAGAGAUCCAUCUGACUCUUGAAGGUGAUCAAACGCCUGGACUGGUUGGUGUUGAAGUUAUAGUGAAGACCCUUGGAAUCAUAAUGCUCGCCAUUACGUUGGUCAUCUUUGAGUGGUGA